AUGUUUGAGAAUACACAUAAUGAUAGUAAUACGAUACUAAAUAACCAGCCGUUGGUGCAGGAUCCGUUUGUUAUUCAAACGAUAGACGAUGCCACCGAAGUAGCCACACCUUUGGCUGUGCCCAUAACUGGGGACUUUAUCAGUCGGACAAUGACCAAUUCAAUAGACUCGUUUCGAAUCGAUGAUCAAGACUGGCAACAGGGCCAAGAUACAAAGUUGCAAGCUCUUAGACACAAACUAGUAUCUUUUUACAAUCGCAUCAUUUUGCCCAAUAUAGGAAUUUCGCUACUACUAUUUUCGCAGUUUCUAAACAGCAUAAUGGUUACAACAUGUAAAUUAUUGGUAACAGAUAAAAAUUUCAAUGAGCCUAUACAUCCGUUGCAGAUAUUGUUUGUUCGAAUGUUUAUUACAUAUUUGUGUUGUUUGAUAUAUAUGUUUGUCACAAGGGCUAUUGAACAAGCGCCUUUUGGACCACCAAAAUUGCGCAAAUUGCUAAUCAUGAGAGGUUUUGUGGGGUUUUUUGGAGUAUUUGGAAUGUACUUUUCCCUACAGUACUUGAGCUUAUCUGAUGCAGUUGCAAUCACUUUCCUUGUGCCGAUGUUUACUGCGUUUUUGGCGUUUAUCUUGUUGAAAGAAAAGUAUUCAAUUUUAGAAGGCGUGUGCUCCCUAUUUUCACUAGGAGGAGUAUUACUCAUUGCGAAGCCCUCAUUCUUAUUUGGAGAGGAAACUAGCAAAGAGACCAAUGGUAACGAGGAGAUUGAAAGUAGCUCUUCCGAAAAAAGGAUCUUGGCGACAAUCGUUGGGUUAAUUGGUGUAUGUGGAGCAUCAUGUGUCUACAUUGUUUUGAGAAAAAUUGGAAUGCAUGCUCACCCAUUGCUUUCGGUGAGUUAUUUUGCGUUAACUUGCUGUAUUGUGACAUUCACUUGUAUAUUGGUCUUACCUUCAUUAUCGUUUGUGCUACCUUCAAACGGUUAUCAAUGGUUUCUAUUUUUGGUAAUUGGGUUUUCGGGUUUUUUUAUGCAGUUUUGCUUAACGGCUGGUGUGCAAAGAGUAAAGGCAUCUAGAGCUUCUUUGAUGGCGUAUUCGGGGAUGGUGUUUGCAAUUAUUUGGGAUUUAACAAUCUGGAACCAUUUGCCUGGUUUUUUAUCUUUUUUGGGCAUAAUAUUGAUAGUAGGCAAUGCAGUAAUCAUUUUAAAGUUUAAACCAGAGCAAAAAGAGAAUUCACCAAGGACAAAUGGUGCAGAUAUUGAAAGUAAUGGUAAAGACUCUGUGGUGGAGGAAAACCCUAUAGCAAUGCAAGAUUUUAUUAUAGCUGAUACCGAAGAAGAGGAUUUAGAAGCUGAUGGGAAAAAACAGAGACCAACUUGA